AUGAAUAGCACUCUUAAUUAUUAAUUGGAUUUUACUUAUGAUGAUCUUCUUCCUCUAUUAACAUUAUUAGAAACAUUGUAACCAUUCAAUUUAGAACUUCAACUCAAACAAGGUUAAUUUCAAUCAACUAUCUUUAGCUUAAUAUUUAUACAAUAUCUAAAAGUAUGAUCAAGCAUUGAUUCAUUAUGAUAAAGCUAUUAAAAUAGAUCCAAAUCAUAUUCAAGUCUAUCUCGACAAAAGUUUGCCAUUUAUUUAUUUUAGCAAAAACUUUAUUAUCAUUAAAGCUAUUAUAAGAAGCUAUUGAGUGCAUAGAAUUAGCAGAUAAAAGAAGUCCAAAUAAUCCUUUAGUUUAUCUUGAAAGAGGUUUACAGAAUUCUUAUUUAAAUAGCAAGGAUUUUAGAAUUAAUGCAAAAGUCGGAAGAUGCUCUCAGAAUUUAUAAUCAAGCAAUUAAUAAAGCUAGAUAUAACUAAAAUAUUUCAAUUUCCAAAGGUUUAUUAUAUUACUUAUUCUUAGCAAAACUUCUAUUUAAAAUGAAUAGAUUUGAUGAAGCUAUUAAUACUAUUGAUGAAGCUAUAGCUCAAGAUCCAUUCAAUUUUAAUUUUUAAUUAUUCAAAGUUAAUUUGCUAAUUUCAUUGAAUAAAUAUGAUGAAGCUUUAAUUUAUAGUUAAGAAGUAAAUAAAUUAUAUGAAAAAUAUUAGACAACAAAUUUUAGGGAUUUGUUAUUAUAAAAUAUAGAAAAUAAAAGGAUUUAAAAAGAACCUUUUUCUAUAGUUGAAGAAGAUACUCAAAAAAAGGUUUAUGGCUAUGAAAUCUAUUUUCUUAAGUGUUUUAAUUAAAUAUAAUUUUAUAGCUUUUGCUCUAAAUGGUUUAUAAAAAUUUGAUGAAGCUAUAGAAUGUUACAAUUAAGCAAUCAUACGAUUCCCAAACUAUUAAGAUGUUUAUCUUUAAAAAGGUAGUGAUCCAUAAUUUAAUUAGCAAUUUAUUUAAAUAAUUUGUACAAAUAUGAAUAGGAAAUUUUAUGUUAUGAUCACAUAAUUCUAAAUUUUCCUGUUGAUUGCAAUAUAUUUUUAAGAAAAGGUAUUAAUUAUUUAAAUUUUAAAUCAAAUAGGAUUAAGUUUAAUAUCUUAGCAUAAAUCUUAGUAAGCAUUGAAACUCUAUGAUGAAGCCAUUUAAAAAGUAGAAAAGAACUUAGAUUUAUUGAUAGCUAAAGGUACUUAUAUAAUUGAUAUUUAUUUAGCAUAGCUUUUAUAAAAUUUACAUUAAUAUGAUUUAGCUAUGAUAUGUUAUGAAUUAGCAAUUAAGUAAUUUCCAUAUUAAUUUGAAUCAUAUUAUUUUUAAGGUAAUAAUGAAAAAUUAUUUAGGUGAUUUUUUAAUUAAAUGGAAUAAGUAUGCUCAGGCGAUAUAGUCAUAUUAAUAUGCUCUCAAAUUUUAACCUAAUAAUCACCAAAUUUAUAUUAAAAUAAGUAAAAGAUAAUAUUUAUUUUAUUUUAGUUACUUCUCUAAUUUAAUUAAAAAGAAAUAUAGAAGCUUUUUCAGUAUUUAAGGAAGCAACUCUCAAAUUUCCUUACGAAUUUGAUCUAUAAAUUAAUUUAAGUACAUUUUACUAUCAUUUAGUAAAACAAUUACUUAAUUCUAUUGAUUUAUUUGAAGCAAUAGAACAUGAAAAUCUAAUUUUAAGACAUGAUUUAGAUAAUUAUUUACCAUAUUUAGCUAAAGGUAAAUUCUAAAUUAUUCUGUUUAAGGUAUGAUAUUAGGUUUUUGGUCUCAUAAGUUAUAAGCACUUGAAUUAAUCGAUAAAGCUAUCAACAUAAAUCCAUAUUUUACAUAUUCAUAUAUUGAAAAGAGUAAAAAAGCUAAUUAUUAGGCAAUUUAUUAAAUUCCCAAAAUGAUAUAAAUGAAAUUAUAGAAUUUUUAGAUUAAGCCAUUUAAAUAGAUCCUUAUAAUUCUUAAAUUUAUAUUAAAAAAAGUAAAAUUAAGUUAAAUUCUAUUAGCUGAUUUUUUAAUAGGCACAUUUAGAAUUGUUGAUGCACUAAAUUGUAUAAAAAUAGCUUUAGAGAGAGCCCAAUAUGAUGAUUAAACUGUUAAAAGGAUGGGUAAAGAUAAAAAAUAAAUAUCAGCGUAAACAAUAGAAUAUAGUGGUACGAAUAAGAACUUGAUUGAUUGUUAUGAUUAAGCUUUAAGAAUAAAUCCAUUUUAAAUAGAAUUUUAUUGUAGCAAAGGUGAUAUAUAAAACUUUAAAUUUAGGGAAAGCUUUAUUAUUACAAAUGAACUAUGAAUAAGCUUUAAAAUGUUAUGAUUAAGCUAUAUCAAUAAACCCUUACUAUAUAAAAACUUAUUUAGAGAAAGGUGGUAUUUUUAUAUAUAAAUGAAAAGCAAAUCUAUUAAAUUAUUUGAAGUAAUUUAAAGAAGAAAUUUCUUAAUUUGAUNCGAUAUAGUCAUAUUAAUAUGCUCUCAAAUUUUAACCUAAUAAUCACCAAAUUUAUAUUAAAAUAAGUAAAAGAUAAUAUUUAUUUUAUUUUAGUUACUUCUCUAAUUUAAUUAAAAAGAAAUAUAGAAGCUUUUUCAGUAUUUAAGGAAGCAACUCUCAAAUUUCCUUACGAAUUUGAUCUAUAAAUUAAUUUAAGUACAUUUUACUAUCAUUUAGUAAAACAAUUACUUAAUUCUAUUGAUUUAUUUGAAGCAAUAGAACAUGAAAAUCUAAUUUUAAGACAUGAUUUAGAUAAUUAUUUACCAUAUUUAGCUAAAGGUAAAUUCUAAAUUAUUCUGUUUAAGGUAUGAUAUUAGGUUUUUGGUCUCAUAAGUUAUAAGCACUUGAAUUAAUCGAUAAAGCUAUCAACAUAAAUCCAUAUUUUACAUAUUCAUAUAUUGAAAAGAGUAAAAAAGCUAAUUAUUAGGCAAUUUAUUAAAUUCCCAAAAUGAUAUAAAUGAAAUUAUAGAAUUUUUAGAUUAAGCCAUUUAAAUAGAUCCUUAUAAUUCUUAAAUUUAUAUUAAAAAAAGUAAAAUUAAGUUAAAUUCUAUUAGCUGAUUUUUUAAUAGGCACAUUUAGAAUUGUUGAUGCACUAAAUUGUAUAAAAAUAGCUUUAGAGAGAGCCCAAUAUGAUGAUUAAACUGUUAAAAGGAUGGGUAAAGAUAAAAAAUAAAUAUCAGCGUAAACAAUAGAAUAUAGUGGUACGAAUAAGAACUUGAUUGAUUGUUAUGAUUAAGCUUUAAGAAUAAAUCCAUUUUAAAUAGAAUUUUAUUGUAGCAAAGGUGAUAUAUAAAACUUUAAAUUUAGGGAAAGCUUUAUUAUUACAAAUGAACUAUGAAUAAGCUUUAAAAUGUUAUGAUUAAGCUAUAUCAAUAAACCCUUACUAUAUAAAAACUUAUUUAGAGAAAGGUGGUAUUUUUAUAUAUAAAUGAAAAGCAAAUCUAUUAAAUUAUUUGAAGUAAUUUAAAGAAGAAAUUUCUUAAUUUGAUUAGGCUAUUUAAAUUGAUCCCUAAAAUUGUUAAAUAUAUUUUAAAAAAGGUGAGUUAGAAAUUUUAUUAUAGCAUUGUCUUUAGCGAAUUUAAAUAAAUUAGAAGAAGGAAUUUAAUGUUUUGAUGAAGCAAUUUAAUAAAAUUCAAGUAAUAAAGAAAUUUAUUUAAAUAAAGGUAAAAAUACAGAUUAAAUUUGAUAGCUGAAUUUUUAAGUUUGUAUGAAAAAAAAUAAGAAGCAAUUUAAUGUUAUGAUGACGCAAUUGCUGCAUAAAUAAAUGAUCCUUAAAUAUAUCUUAAGAAAGGUAUAGUAUUUAAUUACAUAGUAGGUGCUUUGUUACUAAAAGAAGAAAGAGCAUAUGAAGCAAUGUUAUGCUUCAAUAUAAUAAUAUAAAAAUUUCCAGAGAUAACCAAAAGUUUGAGAUUCAAAGGUAAAACAAAUAAAUAGAAUUAUUUAGGAAUAUGUUUAUUAUUAUAGCAAGAUUUAAGAAAAGUAAUUUAGUAUAUAAGAUUGUUUUCUACUUUUGACAAUUAAUCAAUUUAUUCAGUGGAAGAAAUAAAAGAAAAUUUAUGA